CUGCUUCCAUGCUAUUGGCUAUUAGCAGGUUUUAAUGAGGGCUUUUCCCGCCUCCCUCCUGGUCCCUGCAUAGGCGACACCCUGAGCAGCAGCCCCUGCAGCACCCCCAUGGGCAGCCUGGAGUCCCUGUCCUCCCACUCCUCCGAGCAGAACCCCUCCUCUAAAGCCGGACCCCCCCCCACCGACCCCAGGACCCCCGUGGGGGUCAGCAGCCCUGAGUCCAGCUCCAGAGAGGAGGCCAACCGGACGGAUGUGGAGUCUGAAGACGCCCUCAGCCUGUCGUCUCUGCCUCUGUCUGACGGACGCAGGAGCUGCUCUGGAUCUGCUCAGAGUUUGUCCACCCUGGAGUCCAAAGAGAGUCUGACCCCUGCAGGACAUCCAGAUCUGCCUCCCAAACAAGUCAUCCGCCGCCGGAUGGACACCUCCGUCGCCAACGGUUACCAAAGGCCCGGCUCCGUGUAA